GAAACCUCUGCCUGCAGCCGCUGUGAGAACCUCCUCACGAACAGUCGCACUGGGUUUUGAAAUCCUGACUUUCAGGAUGAACAGCCGCUAGAAGAUAGUCCUGGGCUUGGGAAUGGAAAGACCUGGGGAGAAGCAGCCGGGGCCUUUGGGUCCUUUCUGUCGUGUGUUUGUGCAAGGAGUCAUAGGUCUUUCCUCUCCAUGUGCUUUGUAGUGAUAGCCACAAGCAGGUGUGUCUUGGACAUCUUCCCAGACCAGCACGUGAAGGGCCAGCUCUUUCUUACUCAUGGGGAUGGCUGUCACUGAUUCAGCCCGUUAUCCUCAGUGACGUCUCCCAGUGUUUGUUCCUGCAACGACUCCCAGGGCUGAGACAUCACACUUCACCAUCGCUCCUCCCGUGUGAGGGCUCCCUGGUCUGGUCCUGUCCCCAGACUUCCUAAAGGGCCCUGGGCAUCGGUUUGGCCACAUCGAUUGCUCCUGGCACCCUAUGCUGUGUGUCCCUGUACCUUGUGCUCUGCUGAGUCUGGCAUACCCAGGGCUCCCGUUCUCAGCUGGAGGGGCCCUACCUAGUACAGAGACCUCUUUGUUCUACUUAAGGGAAGAGGAAACCUGAAUGCUCAGGAGCACAGCGGUACCCCAAGACCUGGCAGGAAGAUACCGCCUCUCCUCACCUCUGCCCUUCUCACAGACUGUUCUGCGAUGACCACAGCGAGGUACCGGCCCACCUGGGACCUGGCGCUCGACCCGCUGGUGUCCUGCAAGCUGUGCCUUGGGGAGUUCCCAGCGGAGCAGAUGACAACCAUCGCCCAGUGCCAGUGUGUCUUCUGUACCCUGUGCCUGAAACAGUAUGUUGAGCUCUUGAUCAAAGAAGGACUAGAAACUGCAAUUAGCUGCCCGGAUGCUGCAUGCCCUAAAAAGGGCCACCUUCAGGAGAAUGAGAUUGAGUGUAUGGUUGCAGCUGAAAUUAUGCAAAGAUAUAAAAAGCUACAGUUUGAAAGAGAGGUUCUCUUUGACCCUUGCCGGACGUGGUGCCCAGCAUCCACCUGCCAAGCUGUGUGCCAACUCCAGGACGUAGGACUGCAGACCCCUCAGCUGGUGCAGUGCAAAGCCUGUGACAUGGAGUUCUGCUCUGCAUGCAAAGCCCGCUGGCACCCUGGCCAAGGCUGCCCCGAGACCAUGCCAAUCACCUUCCUUCCUGGGGAGACCAGCUCUGCUUUCAAGAUGGAAGAGGGCGACGCACCCAUCAAGCGCUGCCCCAAGUGCAGGGUGUACAUCGAGCGGGAUGAGGGCUGCGCACAGAUGAUGUGUAAGAAUUGCAAGCAUGCCUUCUGCUGGUACUGCCUGGAGUCUCUGGACGAUGACUUCCUUCUGAUACAUUAUGACAAGGGGCCCUGCCGCAACAAGUUGGGCCACUCCCGGGCAUCAGUGAUCUGGCAUCGGACACAGGUGGUGGGAAUUUUUGCUGGAUUUGGGCUCCUGCUCUUAGUGGCUUCCCCUUUCUUGCUCCUGGCCACACCCUUUGUUCUUUGCUGCAAGUGUAAGUGCAGUAAAGGUGACGAUGACCCACUUCCCACCUAGAGGACUGCGUGAUGCUGGAACAGACCCCUGCUUCGGGACGUGUGGCUCCCCUACCCUCCACCACCUCUCUCUCACUAAACCUGUUUCUUGCCUUAUGUGCCCCUAUGAGCUUCAGUGUCCGGCUUGCUGCAGAGAUUUCAGGGAUGAUGUCAGCAAGUGGGCCGAGGCCUCAGGUGUGGUCUCCAGGGUGUGGGGGGAGGUGAGGCAGAAGUGUGUGGGGCGCAUCCCACAUCUGUGUCUGCAGACAUGGCCUGAGGUGGCAUCAGCCACAUAUCAGGCAGUUUUAUUCCCUGGCCAUCGUAGCUUGGGACCCACUCAGACAAAGGGACACCUUGGCUUCAAGAUGGCACCAUGUUGUCAGGAGAAGUCUUCAAGAAUUAGGACUCUCUUCAGCCAGCACCUGAUAAUCUGACUUGAGAAAAUCUCUCCGUUUGUGACAGCUGUUUUUACUCCUAAAGGCGUUUAGUAAAACCCUUUUUAGAAGGCUUUUUCCCCCUUUCUGUCAACUGAAUAGUGAAAAUCAACAAGGUGCGUAUAAACCAUCCUAUGCCUUUUUUGAAAUGUGCAUUUUAUGAUGUUACAGAUAAAUGACUUUUCUGGCCUGACCGUCUUUUUUUUCCAGGAGCUACAGAAAGCCUUAUGCACACUUUGUGUUUUUCUUGGAACCUGCUGUAAUUACUUUUUGAAUGCUCUGAGCUGUAUACUGUUACCCACAUGGGCCCCCUGUUGUUGCAUUUCCUUGAAGAUACCAACACAUUUAAGAACUGUCUGUAGCUUUACAUCACCCCCCCCCCCACACACACACACACCACUUCUCCAGUUCAGCUCACAGGACCCAUUCCUCCUGUCUCCAGGUGGCAGCCAAUGCCUUUGAAUAUCUUCAAACCAGAUGUUUUACUCUGCCCGACUCUGCUCUGACCCCUUGCCCCACUCUUCAGGUAGGUGGCGAGGAGAGUUAGAGUCAUCUGUCCCUGGGGACCUCUUGGAAGUUGGGUGGGAACUUUCUGAAGUCUCAGUUUGUUCUUGCUAGGGAAAAAGAAAAUGAAAGGAAAGAAGGGUGGAGGAGGGAAGGAAGGAGGAAGGACCCUUCUGUUUCGUUGAAUUAUUCCGCUGUGGGAAGUUGGUGAAUUGGUCUUUCCUAGGCUAUGUGUUUCCAUGUCGACAAAGUGCAAGAUAAUAAGAAGCAGGUCCUUCUCUAGUUGCCUCUGAAGACAGGAGAGAGUCCUUUCUUUCAGGAUUGACUGUCAGAGCCCAACAUGCUUCCCAGGAGCAGGGUGGAGGUGUAGAGGUUUGCAGGGAGGCAGUAGUCUGAAGGCUUAUUAAGCAUCCUACAAAGGAGUAAAGGGAACCCAGAGUCCUAUCAUCUCAGCCAUUGUCUUUGCAAGCGCAUCAUAUCCUUAGUGGCUGUCUGUGUGAUUCAGCACUUAGGGGUCAGUGUCAAGUCCCAGCAGAUGCUGCAUGUGCGGAAAUGAUGUCAUUUUCUUUAUUUUAAAUAGACAGUGAAUGAGGUAAGACAACCACUGGCUUCUCACCCUCUAGGAUUGAUUUUCUUUAUUAAGUGAAAGCCAUUUAGAAGAAGCUCAGUCCAUAUCAAAACCAUGCUCAGAAAGUCAUCUGGUAGUUGAAAUUUAAAAGUUCACUGAUAAGGUGUGACCUCUGAGACCUUCAUUCUGGCUGAAGCCUGGCCUUGUGCCUCUGUGGUUAGAAACAUGGGCAAAGGUGGCCUGGCUUUUCUGGAAAGGUCUGACAACUUUAUGUGACUCAGUGGCUGAAUUUGAGACCUCAAGCCCAUGAUUUGUAUGUGAAACCAUCCGGCCACCACCCUUUAAAUAUGCCUUUCUGAGGUGGUGGCCAGCCGGGGCGCUGGUUCCAGCGGUGCAUAGGCAGACUUCACACCAUGGUCCUUCCUGCCUUGCCUGACCACCACUACUGUUUGUUUCAAUGUUUCAUCCUCUGUCCUUGUGGUGGGAGUGACAGCCUCCUGGAGGCUGUGUUCCCACUCUGCAGCUCAGGCUCUGUAACUGGAGAUGGAGUCACCUGGUAUCUGGGACGCUUCUGAAGCUUUGCACACCUCUGUAACCCCACCUACUCACACCUCAGCCUAUGGCAAUCUUCCCAAGCACAUGACUGGACACAGGCAGGCACCAUAGGGUUGCUAUUGCCGAAUGAGUGUGGACAGAGUAUCCCUGUCUGCCCUGAGCCUUUGUAUCAAGCCUACUUACUCAGUUAGAUUUCCUAAUAAAAGCUAACUUGUCCAUUCCCUUUAGAAACACCAGCAAGAUCACACUGAAAUACGUAAGCUUGCCUUGUUCCCUGUGGGAGUCCUUUUAGCAGAGACAACCGCAUCCAUUUAUUAUGGACAUUCAGCUGGAACCAUGUGUGAUGUGGAACCGCACAUGGAAUAGCAAAGCUGGCCCCCAGGUGCGAUUGGUCUUGCUGUCAGUCCAGGGUAGCCUCAGGUGCUCUAUGACCAGGAGUAGCACCAUUUCUCUUGUUCAGUAUAGGUUUUUCAGAACUGAAAAUGGAGUUCCCUGAGACAGACCCUGUUCCUGAUGGAAGAAGACUGUUCAGUCCUGAGCUUGUGGAAAACCCUCUUAAUGACGGGCAGCUGUCUGGUAGGGCUCUAUAUCAAGCAGGGCUAUCUGUACCAAGGGCCUGCUGGCCUGUGGGUUAUCUGAGGCCAUUCGGUGGCUAACCAUGCCAUAGUCUUACUGGGUGUGCUAAUCCCUGCCAAGCUUAGCCCUCCAGUCUGUGACUUCACAUACUCACCAGGGUGAUGGCUUCAGAGGCAAAGUCAUGAUAGGUGUUUCUGGAGCUGGGAGCCAGCUCCUGUGGGGACACAGAUUGGGACUGUAUGAAUUCUGGACCACCUCAGCACCUGGGAGUAGCUCCGAUUGCAGGCCCAGCGCCUUCCCCAUUUUGGUCCCUAUCUUGAAGAGAACAAAUACUCUCUAUAGUGUAUUUUUCCAGAAAACAGGUAUGAGACCUUGGCCAGGUUCCCCGUUAAACACAGCCCCCAUAGGAGGAAGGAUCAUCAGGCGUGAACAUCUGACUUCCAGAUGAAUUCAUCUUUUGGAAUUAGAAAAGGGGAAAGGUUAUUAUUUUAUGAAUUAGAAGUGUUUCCCUCAGUUGCCUUUAAAAAUUAGGGGAUGGGAAAGGACGAGGGAGGACUUAUUUUGUAUACUUCCUAGAUUCCUACGGAUUAAUAAACAUACCUGUGAAUAUAUAUAUAUGUAAAUCACACUGAAAUCAUCAAGGGAAACACUUUGCAUGUAUACAAUUUCAUGAAGGUUUUCUUAAAGAAAAAAAAAAAAAGAUACCAAAGCUUGUUUCUCCCUCACAACGAGCCCAAACCCUUGUAAAGUUAAAUAAAGUAAAGAAAUUGUGACUGGCUCUUGCCAAAAAACUCAGCCAGGAGGGAGGGGCUUAUGUUCAAACAAUUGUCAUUGCCCUGUGACUAGGAGAACCUGCCCUUUUGGUAGUUAACCCCUGUGGUCUCCAGCCCUCCUGACUUGUAUAAUCCUGUCUUCCAAGAUCCUAGGGCCCCCCAGUUAGGUGUAGCUGUGUGCCACGUGCCUGACCUUUCUUUUAUACUUUGCCUCGGGUGUAUUUUAAUCUUGUGUAAAAACAUGCAUGUGUCAGUCAUACGCACGUGCACACAUAUACAUUCUGUAUUUGACAAGUGGUGGUAAAACCCAACACACAGACACACACACACACACACACACACACACACACACACACACACACAAGAUCAAUUGAAAAAAUUGCAUUUGUGGUUUUGGAAAUGUGAGUACACUUUGUACCACUUACACUGUGAUGUAUAAGAGCUGUUUGAAUGCCUUUUCAUGUUGUGAUUUGUACUUUAGAAUCCUAUGGAAAUGUCGGAUUUAUAAUUUCAAUACAUAUUUUAAAUGUA